GGGGGCGCUGCUCAGCCCAGAGGACCCGGAUGUGUGAGUGUUUCCGGGUCGUGUGUGUGAACGUGUGACCCCGGUUCUCCAGUCAACACGCGUGGAGCAACAAGCUGCUGCUUUUCCACCAAAACACGCCGAAAAUCUUCCUCACACACACCCGGGAGGGUUGAACCAACUCCGGACUAAAUCCGCUCAGUGAGGCCGAGUUUCUGCAGCCAUGGGUCCGCCGCGGUCUAAGAAGCGGCGUCCUACGUUCCGGCGCCUGCUGAAGACGAGCGGCGUGAAGCUGGAGAACAAGCUGAAGAACCGGACGCUGAAGCAGCAGAACGUCGCCAAGAAGCAGCGCAAGGAGCAGAAGAAGCUCCGCGCCGCGGUGAAGGACGCCGCCAUCAGGACGCCCCGCCCGCUGGAGACGUACCGCAACAGGCCUGAGGAAGAGGAAGAGGAGGAGUUUCUGGAGACGCUGCCGACCGACAUGAUGGAGGAAGACGACGUGCAGCAGAUGACCGCCAUGGCUCGCCAGGCGUCCUUCAUCACCAGAGACCUGUCGGCAUGCGGCCCGGUGCACGGCGGGAAGAAGCGUAGCGCCGACGCGGUUCGGAGUUACGAGAAAGUUCCCAGAAAGAUGGUUCGGACGGAGGAGACGGAGGUGAUCCACCUGCUGCCCAUCAAAGACCAGAGAGGAGUCGUCCCGCAGAGCGUGGAGAGAGUUAUUGAAAAGCAGCCGGAGGAGGAAGAGGAGGAAGAAGAAGAGGAACAGGCAGCGGAGGAACCGGAGCAGUCUGAGAACGAGAUGGCGUCUCUAACAGCUGAGCAGAGAGAGACUCUCAGAGUUCAGAAGAUCAACGACAGGAAGCUGGUCAUCGCCAGCCUGGGAUCAGCCGUCGUCUCCGAUCCGUACAGAAACAUAAAGCGAGUGAAGGAGCUGCGUGGGAUGCUAAUGGAGUCUGACCCCAGCGUGGCGGUGACAGUCAGGAAGCUUGUGAUGGUUUCUCUGAUGGAGAUCUUUAAAGACAUCGCCCCGACCUACAGGAUCCGACCUCUGACCCCUGAGGAAAAGGCCGCCAAGGUGAAGAAAGAGACUCAGCAGAUCAGAGAGUUUGAAGAAGGUUUGGUCAGUCAGUACAAGUUCUACCUAGAGGACCUGGAGCAGACCAUCAAAGACUGGAAGCAGCAGAAGAAGAAGCGGCGCCAGGCGGUAGGGUUCGAUUCCUACCGUGGCCUGGCCGAGGUCUCCGUGCGCUGCCUGUGUUCUCUGCUGCUCGCUCUGCCGCACUUCAACUUCCACAACAACAUCGUGGUGGUCCUGGUCCCGCUGAUGAACGACGCCGACAAGCAGGUGUCGCAAAUGUGCUGCGAUGCGUUCAGGAACCUGUUCCAGCAGGACAAAGAGGGCGGGGCUUCCCUGGCCGCGGUGCGUGUCAUCUCCGGCCUCGUUAAGAGACUCAACUACCACGUCAGGCCUGAGCUGCUGCGGACGCUGCUGAGUCUGCGGAUAAAGGAGGUGCAGAUGAAGAAGGACAUGGAGGACACGGCACCCACGAAGAAGUUCAUGAACAACAAGGAGAAGAGGAAGAAGCUGUCCAGGAUGCAGAGGAAGUGGAAGAAGGCGGAGGAGAAGUUGGAGAAAGAGCUGCUGGAGGCUGAAGCCUCGGAGAGUAAAGAGAAGAAGAUCAAACUGCACACAGAGACGUUAAACAUCGUCUUCCUCGUCUACUUCAGGAUCCUCAAGAAAGCUCAGAAAUCUGUCCUCCUUCCUGCUGUUCUGGAGGGACUCGCCAAUUUUGCCCAUCUGAUCAAUUUGGAGUUCUUCGACGACCUGCUCAACGUGCUGCAGAAUCUUAUCCAAUCAGGAGAUCUGACCAAUCGGGAGAGCCUCCACUGCAUCCAGACCGUCUUCACCAUCCUAUCAGGACAAGGAGACGUUCUAAACAUCGACCCGCUCAACUUCUACUCUCAGCUGUACCGGAUGCUGCCACGGCUACACGCAGGGGCCCCUAAUGAUGACAUCAUCAUCGUGCUGCGCUGCCUGGACGCCAUGCUGACGCGGCGCAGGAAGCAGGUGACGCUGCAGCGAGCCAUGGCAUUCGUGAAGCGUCUGAGCACGCUCAGUCUGCACGUCCUGCCCAACGCCAGCGUGGGCCUCCUCGCCGCCAGCAGGGCCACUGUGCAUGCCUUCCCUAGGUGUGACCUCCUAUUGGAUAACGAGGUCCAGGGGAGUGGCUUCUACCUGGCUGAGCUGGAUGAGCCUGAACACUGUAACAGCCAGAACACGGCGCUGUGGGAGCUGCAGCCACUGCAGAGACACUACCACCCGGUGGUGCGGCGGCUGGCGCUCCACCUGAGUCACGGCGCUCCCAGCGAAGGAUCGGCAGCGCUUGGCGCCCUGAGCCGCAAGUCUCCGGCGGAGCUGUUUAACGCCUACAGCGUCAGAGACAUGACCUUUAACCCUCCUGUAGCUCCACCCGGCAGCAAGAAGAAGGACCGUUUUGGGUUCGGAGCAUCGCUGCUGGACGCCGAGCUGCAGGGACGAGUCGACAACGCCAUGACGACCGCUGCCGUUGCCACGGAGACGCAGCUGGACUUUAAUGCAGCACACUUACACUGACACACACACACACACACACACACACACACACACACACACAUCUGGAUCAUCUGUUAAUAAAGACAUUGUCCUUCAAAAUAAAAGCCUAAAUGUGAGUUGCAGGUGUGAAGAAAGAGGAAGGGGGCGGUUUGUUUCUAAAUGAUUUCACAGUAACUUGUUCAUCGAAAUAAAUGUUUUUAUUGCAA